AUGAACAACUACUACCUUUGGACAUUCGUAGGCGAUCUGGGUAAUACUAGUUUUGUGGAUCGAAAUUUUUCAAUAACUGAUGAUCAACAUUUGACAACAGCAUCCUCCUCGUCGUCUACAUCCUCUAUUCCAUCACCAAUCUAUCAUUCGUCUUAUUAUCGUCAUCCACGAUCGUUAAAUCAAAAUAAUCAUGAAAAUAGGUCUACAACUGUUCCAGAAUCAAAAACUCGUCCAAAUUCCAUACCACGAUUUCUAUCAAAAACUGAUGAUUUGACAUCUAUAACUUUAAUAGACGGUGAAAACAGUGCUAUAAAUAGUGUAAGUAAACGGCGUCGUUAUGCGAGUGAAGAACCACCAUCCAUGACAACAGCAUCAUUAGUCAAUACAUUCUUACAAUAUUUACGCGACGGUUUACGUUCAACGAGUCCUAAAAAUGUUCAUCAAAGAGUUAAUCAGAGUCGUAGUCGAACGCCGAGUACCGACAGUGGAUCUCCGUCAGAUAAUCGCUUAUCAAGUACAUUUAAUUUAUCAACACAUUUUUAUCGUCAUCAAUAUCCGGCUAUUUAUACAAAAUCGUUACGAAUGGUGUUUCAAUCACCAAAUUCGACUUCAACAUCUACUCAUAGGUUAAAUAAUGAUUCAGUGUUAUCGAACGACAAUGCUCUAAUUAACACUAGUAUACCAUCAACGCCAAUUACAUCUGAUCAAGAUAUUCUUGAUAGUGAAAUACUAACAUUAGUGGAUUUACUUGUAUUACGUGUUGCUUGUUUGUCAGAAUCAUCCGACGAAAUACCGCGACCUACUGUGGCUGAAGUCGAUCAGAAUCUAAUUGAAUAUCUCUAUUAUUUAUUUACAAAGUUUAUUGUUACUGCAGACACAUCAGUUUCUGAUGCUAAUAGUACAGAUGAAUCUUUAAUAGAUAAGAAGAGUUUUAUUCAAAUUUGUCAGACUCUCGUGAAAAAUGGAUGUUUUGAUAUGUCUUCGGUAUCUGUAUCCCCUACUACUUCACAAUCGACUGAAGAUACAGUUCUAGAAUAUGUUAAUAACGAUCAAAAUAAAAAUGACUUGUCAACAGCAACAAUCACAGACGAAAAACAGAAUGAAACUGCUACUGAAGAAAAUACCUGGCUCAUGGUAGAUAUUAGUGAGAGUGAAUUAAGUAAAGACGAAAACGAUGUAUCAUCUCUUAAUUCAUCAGUAAAUACAAAUGAACAACUAUUAAUGUGUGCAAAAAACAAUAUACAAGCAUUAGAAGUACAAAGCUAUGUUGAGUCAAUAACAACAUUGUCAAAUGUCGAUGUAGAGAAUGACUCUACAACAAAUAAUGGUGACGCUGCUGUUGCUAACUAUUUAACAUUGGAAGAAAUUCAGAAUUGUUGUGAAUUCCCGGAUUUAGAUAAACAAUCGGAAGAAUCUUCAAAAAGUAUUUAUUUAUCACCAAAUUCAAGUAUUGUCGACAUUGUGCAAGAGUUUGACGAUGCUCAACUGAAUAUAUUACAAAAUAAUGACAACGAAGGUACGCAUUUAGACAUUUCAUUAUUUUUAGUGAUCAUUAGAAUAUGA